AUCACCAUAGCGAUUGUUUCAACACUGAGCAAAAAAUGCUGUCUUCCUAAUAAUUGUUAAUUGUUUGUAAAUAAUCAGCACAUGGUCACAACUUUUAAUAAGACAAAACUGAGGCGUUGUUUCUUUCAUAACAAGAACCAAAUGCCUUAUUUAGAUCAUAGUUGUAGGUAGAAUUAACUUGUUAAACAAGUUUUGAUAUUUUUUUCUGAAAAGUAAGAUACAGAUACAAUCAUGGGGGAACGAGGAGGAAAAGCAGAUAUGGACAGAGUGGGGUUAUUUCAGGAGAUGGGAUAUGUCACCAUCAAUGACAGAUACAAAGGCAAAGGAAGUGUUCAAUUCAAUGAGGCAGCAACAAAGGGCAAACAAGUCCUGCCUGGAGGCAGCAAAACCAGGUCUGCUUUGCAGGCUGGGUAUUUCACCGACAAAUUUGGUCGUAUUAUGGAGGGAGAAGCAUUUACUGAUCCCAUAAAAAUGAGGAGGCAAGCACGACUAAAGGAGUCACAAAAAAAUAUAGGAAAAUCGUUUUUACCCAGCAGUGGAGAAAAGCUCAUGUCUGGUUUAGGUAGUCAUUAUGGUACAUUGAGUGGACCAAUAUCAGCAUUUAGUCCUGUUUCAAAACCUGGCAAAGAAAAGAAGUCUUCUAGUAAAAAUGUUAUCACCAACCCAGGAAAGAGAGGAACCGGCUUUGGAUAUGUAGCAGUAACUAUUGGAAAAUACCCACAAUAUCAAGGAGACAAUUACGACAUGCACAAAGACCUGAACAGGAAAGAAAUAGCAGCCCACAAAAACGCUACAAAAGGUGGUGCAUUCAAACUGAACAUGCAUCCACGAGCAUAUUUUGAUGGGAACCCAUACAACUCAGACAAGCUGGCUAAGCGCAGCAGUUCUGCCACCCUCCCCUCAAAGAAGGAUGAUUCUAAACCAUUCAAACCAAGCUCUCCUGGUAAAAAGCCUGGUGGUGCCAAGAUCGGCACAUUUGAUCCGUACCCCAAGCACUCCGAUGACCCUUACAAGGUGAAGGUUCAGCGGUCAGUGAAUGUGGUGAACAAGAGCGGCCGAACCUUCAUGCCGUCACAGGGGCCCAAGACAAGGCCCAUGGUCUCCAUUAUAAAUGCAAAUGUUAUGAAACACCAGGCUGAGAUAUUCAAAUCAGUUCAAAUGAAGGCACUUAAAGGGGCCAUAAAGACAUGAACAGCACUGUGGAGUGUAAAUCCAAGCAACUACAGAUCUGUUACAUGUUUGACAUUCUAGACACGCCUAUCCCGGCCACAUUCAGUGCCUCGGCUUAUAAGAACACAUACAUGUGAUCUUGUUUGACAGAUUUAAUGCACUUAUAUUUUUAUAUCAUUAUGCUUUUUUUUAUGAAAAUUAUUCAACAAAUGUGAAUUAAACUGGCAUGUAUUGUUUAUAUAUUAACUUAUGGUAUUGUUUUAAUUGUAUGAGUGAUUUAUGUGAAUGAGUGUUAACAACUUGACUAAACAUGUUGUUGGUUUAUGUCAAAGGCAUAAUUUUAUUUCACUUGAUCAAUCACACACAUACAUUUUUGAGAACAUAUCAUUUUACAAUAUUGUAAUUGCAGUCACCUCAUUAAGUUUGAAGUGCAUAGCAAUUUUAGGUUAUAUUUUUAUGUUCGAUCUUUCGGUUUUAACUGGAAGUCUCAUCAAAAGCGGAAGCUGUGAUCCUUUUUUUUACCUAGAUGUGUUUUUUUGUUAGUGAACAUUACAAAACUAGCAUUUCAAAGGCCAUGCAGUAGAUUAGUUAAAGUUAGGACUGCUAUUCCUUAGAUUUGUUCACUGCCACUAUUACAUUAUUAGUAGACUUGGCAUAGACAAUUAGAAAACAUGAACAUAUACACAUUGUAAUCUUAGACUCAAGUUCAGUGUAUGCCAGAAAAGUCCUCAUAUGUUAAAUAGUUUGUUACUAUUUUUUAAGUUACAUAUGCCAAGGUUUAAAUAUGCUGUUUUGCUAGAUCCAACUACAUAUAUUUUAAAAUGUUACCUGGCAACCACUGCAGAAUACAAGUUUAAUAUACGCGACCUAUUUGCUGAUGCUAAGGGACCAGGAAGUGACAUUAAAUCUAGAGAUAUGAUUAUUUAUCAAUGCUUAAUAGUGAUAAAAUAAUGGCAUCACAAAUUUUAACCUCUAAAUUCCCCAAAACCAAUUGAAAAAAAAUAAAUAUAUUUUUUAAAACAAUACAGUAUUUUGAGUCAUUAUUUAAAAGAAAUACUGGGAAA